CGCUGAAAUUGACAGUCCUCGUGUCUCGUAUUUCCAUUCAGCACAUUAGAUAGCCAUUUAGCCUAACUAUCAAUACAGUUGCAAGAAACAGUCCGGCUUCCCGUAUUUAAGACAAGUGCUGCAGCAAACAUGGGGAAAGUUGAAGGAGGAAUGAAAUGCGUAAAAUACCUUCUAUUUAUAUUCAACUUCAUAUUUUGGUUGAUGGGCUCUCUGGUCCUGGCCGUGGGGCUGUGGCUGAGGCUGGACCCAGAGGUGAUCUCCCUGCUCAAGGCUGAUGGAGCCCCAGACACCUUCUUCAUCGGUGUGUACAUCCUGAUUGCUGCUGGAGGCCUAGUGAUGCUUGUGGGCUUCUUUGGGUGCUGUGGAGCCGUCAGGGAAUCUCAGUGCCUCCUGGGUCUGUUUUUUGCUAGUCUCCUGAUCAUCUUUGGAGCUGAGGUGGCUGCAGGUGUAUUUGGAUUCUUGAGCAAAGACAAGAUCAUUGAGGACAUUCAGAAUUACUACUCAGAGUCCCUCAAGGACAACAACAACGGCACAGUGAGCGACUACAGCAAAGUUCUGGGCUGCUGUGGUACCCAGAGUUCCCCUUGUUCAGGCAGCACUGAGGACACUAAGACCUGUGAUGUGGCCAUCAAUGAGUUUUUUAACAGUAAACUCUUCAUUGUGGGAUACGUUGGAAUAGGAAUCGCUGGUGUUAUGAUUAUCGGCAUGAUCUUCAGCAUGGUUCUGUGCUGUGCCAUACGGAACAGCAGAGAGGUGAUCUAAGCCAUGUGCACCACCACCCAGCACCCCACCCCACCCCACCCCACCCUACCCCACCCUACCCCACCCUACCCUACCCUACCCCACCCCACCCCAGAACCUCUGACUCUGUCCUGAACUCUUGUCGGAUCACCACAAGAGCCUUGACACGAGACCCACCAGCAUGAACGAUAGAUACCCACUGGCCGUCAGAGGAUCACGUGCCGUCCUGUUUCUAAAACCUUAAGAAUGAGACUAGUGCUUGCUUUAGAUGGCUCAAAGCCACCAGCACCUUUUUAUACACACAUUUGGAUUGGAUUCUUCUCUUGGUUGUUUGGUUUUGUGAUUUGUUUUUAUAUAUUGCUGUUUUUUUCCGUUUUUUUUUUUUUUGUUAUAUUGCUGUAAAAUGAACGUAUCUUAUUUAUGGACAUUUUGUUUUUACAUGAAAACACACCACUGACUCAUCUCAGUCUCUGAAAACGGCCACAUAUCUACACUUACAACAGGAGUCCAAGAAGGACUGUGCUCACGUUUUAAUCCCAUCCUAUUUACUGCGCUACGCCAUUCAAGAGUCAGAAAUUCAUUCUCAGCUAUAUCUGGAGCCCUCUAUUUGGCCUCAGAUGUCAGUUUAAAAAUAUUAUGUAAUGUGAAACCAUGUAGUAUCUAUGGAGUCUCAUGGAGAGAUAUGAUUGGUUGAGAGGGCAGUGGUUCUUCUGAGCUGAGAGACAUAAACGACUGCACAUACUGACACACGUGUAAAGAGUCACAUGCAUGCUGUAUGACUACACUUAACUGUCUGUGUACAUAACUUGGUUAGAUCUCAAAAGCAUGUCAUGUAAAAUUGUCCGUCUUUAAGGCACUAUAAGCGCUGUGUACAGUUGGACCCCGAACCCCAAACUUUACCCCCCUUUGCCCCCCAGACUGGUCCUGUAGUGGCUGUGUGGUAAGUGACCCCUAUUCAAGGUCACUGUGAACUCUCCCCAUGCAAUGAUCAUCAAAUCCAAAGUCAUGUAAUCGCUUCCGGCAAGCAACAUACAGUAUAAUCUUUACGGUUGCAUAAGGGCAGAUCAUUUCACCCGGCUCUCUAUCUGUAUGGUAAAUAUAGUAUGAGCUGAGUUACAUAUUAGAGCCUGAGACUGCAGCCAUGUCUUAUUUCUUAUCUACAAUGAAUGGGUGUAAAGUUGCCCUGGUUACAUAUGGUGAAAACACUGUGCUAAUGUAUCUCUCUUCAUGUGAGAGUCACAAUUUGCCCAGAUGUUGUGCGUCUGGUCUGGGUCUACAUAUGAUAUGUAGCUGAGUUAGCUUCAGGUUUGUGGUGCUCUGGGCAAAAGGGAACCUUGGUCUGUGCCUAUACAUUGACUUAGCAACAGUCCCUGUCACCAGUCCAUCCGCAAACCAUCUUAACAAAAAAAGGAAAGACAUUUAUAUAGAACUGUUUGUACAUUUGAUUUUUUGUAUGUGACUGUUGCUAUAUUUGUUGCUUGUGUGUAUAGCUAGCAGAUCAGUAAUGCGCUGUGUGAUAGUUGCAGCUUAAGGCCAGUGUAAAGUAGUGUUUGAUAAUAAUGCUCAAGGAUACUACGUCCAUUUUUAAAAUGUGCCUUUCAUUUUUAAUAAGCAAAGUUGUUUUUCUUGUUAUUGAAUUACUUACUAACUUUGCUCAUUCACAUUUCAUAUUGGUUAGUGAGAAAGGCCAUCUGGGGUUGUGGGAACAUGAAGUAACAAAGCCAACAGGGCGCACAGCGAGUGAGAUGAAGCCAGUGAGUGUGACAUUAUAUUGCGUCCACCCAGGUGCUGUUUUGCAUUAGAUAAUGGCUAAUGAUGUGUUUGCUCAUACGUGUCUCUGAUAGGACUGCUUAGAGUCUGUAGGAUAAGUUGUACUGAAGUAGCAAUCAUCUCCAGUCAAAAGGUAGUGAAAAUAAGACUGAACAUGAAGUACUUAUCAUGACAAUUUGUGUACACAAUGGCUUUGUACACAGUAGACAUGAACUGAUUUCCUAGGAGUUUUUGCUGCAGUGCUUUCGUAUUAUAAACUAGAAAGCUAGUUGACUGGAGAUUUUGUGAAUAAGGGAAAAUAGUGUAUCGUUAAACUUGUGUUCAGGCAAGUGGACCAGACAAUUUCCCUUGAGUUUGUUGAUUUCUUUACACUGUGUUUGCAAGAACAUAAAUGAAGAGAUUUUUGUACUGUAAAAUUAAAGCUGUUGUAGGUAUUUUUUGUUACAUCUUUUUAUGUGUUAAUUUAUUUGAUGAGUUCAAAUGGCAAUUACGCUUCUCAGGAAGAUCAGUGUACAAGAACCAAUAAAGAUUUUGGAAGUUUUGAA